ACACAUCCUACAAGUUUCCAGCAGCUUGUUGACCGGGUUGUCCACCCAGGUUGUGAUCCUCAGACAUCAUAGAUUUCAUUUUUAUAUGACAACCUUUUACAGCAGCCCAUGUCUGAUUUCGUAAAAAACGGGUGUUUUGCCCCCUGGGUAAUGGGUGAACUGGUCCGUGUUCAGCUGGCAGGCUCCACUGUUUGUGUUGGUCUUGCCACCACAGGCUUAUGCAACAGUAGUAACAGUGCACAACCCCAGAUGAUUGGCAGCUAAUGAGAGCUGUGUGUUGCAUCACAGCCAAAGCUCAUUGGUGGUAUGAAUGUGAAGGGCAGGUUAACUAGAGACAGUCAGACAGUGCAGACAGAGAUCACGGUCGUUGUGGUGGCUCUCCACAUGUCCUGAAGGCUAACGGCAGGCUAUUAGUGUGUGUGUGUGUUUGUGUGAAAGUUCCGGACCAGCCAGGAUGGCACCAGGGGCAGCAGGCGUUUGUGUGAUGCAUACCCUUCCUAAAGAUGCCUUAUUUAUUGUUGGACUGGUUAAUGUCAGCCCAGGCACAAAAAAGCUGUUUGCUGCCACAGCCUUUGGUGCUGUCUCCCUCAUCUUCCUCGCCCGCCACUUCAAAAGGAGGAAGGGGAAGAAAAAGGCCCAGUCGCCAUGGGAACAGGGAGAAUUUGACUUUCUCCUUGCAACUCCCCCAGAGAAAGACACAUGCAUAGCCGGUAACCGUCAGAAUCUCACCCUGCCACUUAACACUAAAAGCUGCUACUCCUGUAACUUGGUUUCUGGUGGAACCCUGUACAGCAAGCUCUCUGGCUCCUUGCAGAGCUUAUCCUCGGUUAAAAGCAUGAACUCCUCCAGCAGCUGCACCUGUGCCAAUAGCUCCAGCUGCUGGGACAGAAGUGCUGAGGAUCAAGACAUCUGCAGUAUGGUCAACAUCCCAGUCACCACCCCUGAAAAUCUCUACCUGAUGGGCAUGGAGUUGUUUGAGGAGGCUUUGAGACGCUGGGAGCAGGCCCUCACCUUCCGCAGCCGGGAGGCAGAGGAUGAAGCCAGCUGCGCCUCAGUGAAGCUGGGUGCUGGUGAUGCUAUCGCCGAGGAGAGCAUGGAGGAUAUCAUCAGUGCAGAGUUUAUCCACAAGCUGGAGUCGCUGCUGCAGAGGGCCUACCGACUCCAGGAGCAGUUUGAGGGGGCGCUGGGGGUAUCUGACCCCUCACACGUUAACAAUGACAAACACACAGACAUCUCGAGCCGAGAGGACCUGGAUGACUCUUGUCUGAAGGAUACCCUGAGCAUAGCCUCUACCGACUCCUUUGUGUCUGCUGCUGAGCUGUCCGAGCACAGAGAGCUGAGGAGUGCCUAUGCUCUAGGCUCGUUCUGCCACUACCCGUUCUAUGACGAGGCACUGCAGAUGGCCGAGGAUGGGAAGAUCUCCUGCAGAGUUCUAAGGACCGAGCUGCUGGAAUGCCUCGGUGACACAGAUUUCCUGGCAAAGCUGCACUGCGUGCGUCAGGCUUGUCAGCUCAUAUUGUGUGAGCGGGCCACCAGAAACUUUCUGGCUGAUACUGGAAAGAAGAUCCUGUCCUCCAUCAUUGUCAAAGCCCGAAAAAGCCCCAAGAGAUUUGAGGAGGUGUUUGAGGAGAUGAUCUCCUUCCUGGAGCUGACUGACCACUGGGGCAACACUGAGGUGGAGCUGGCCACCCGCGGGGUCAAGCAUUUGAACUUCUAUGACAUCGUCCUUGAUUUCAUCCUUAUGGACUCUUUUGAAGACCUGGAGAAUCCUCCCAUCUCCAUACAGAAUGUUGUUAACAAUCGGUGGCUGAACAGCUCCUUCAAAGAGACCGCUGUCGCAUCAAGUUGUUGGUCAGUCCUGAAGCAGAAGAGACAAUAUAUAAAGGUCCAGGAUGGCUUCAUUUCACACUUCUAUGCGGUCUGUGAGCAAAUCAGCCCCGUCCUGGCCUGGGGGUUCCUGGGGCCCAAGACCUCCCUGCAUGACUUCUGCUGCUUUUUCAAGGACCAGGUGCUGUUCUUCCUGAAGGACAUAUUUGACCUGGAGAAGGUGCGCUACACCAGCGUGGAGACGCUGGCUGAGGACAUGCUCCACCUGCUGCACAGGCGGUCCGAGCUGCUCUUGGCCUACCUGGGUGCCGACACCUUCCGCCACCUGAAUGGCUGUGUCACCUCACAGCUCCACCUUGUGCCCAAUGCCAUGCUGGAGGCCAGAGUACAAUAACAAGUCACUGGACUGUUCCACCCGCACAUCAUUGAGAAUACACUAACUGGAGGAGGGAUGUGAAGAGGAUUUUUGCCUCCUUGGUGCAGUGUUGUGCUGGCUUUUUGAGUGUGACUGCGGCUUGUUUUGUGUACUGAGCAAAAAUAUAAACGCAACACUUGUUUUCAACUCCAAUUUUCAUUCAUUGAAGAUUUGGUCUAUGCACACAGGCUUAUUUCUCUUAAUUUGUGUGCACAAAGUUGUUUAAAUCCAUAAUUAGUGGGCACUUACAGAUGUGAGAGAUCAAAAGAUGCAGAUCAAAAUGCAUGAUUAUGGCACAGAUGUGCAUUGGAAUGUUUGCAAUAAGUCUAAAUUGUGCUGUUUUACCUCAAAUGUCACUGAUGACUUAAGUUUAGGAGUUUGCAACUGGCUGCAGGAAUGUCCACCAGAGCUUGUGAACUGAAUGUAAUAUGCACUAAUAUGGAUUUUCACAAAUUUCUGAACAGAAUUUAACUUUAUGUGCAACAGAAUUUAAUAACCUUUUAUGUGCAUGGAAGCCCUCUUAGAAAUGUUAGGUAAACUCAUGAAAAUGUGUUGAGUUUAUAUUUUUGUUAAGUAUAAGACCAUGAUUACCUUACAGGUCCGCAGACCGCAUGGUGCUCAGUAAGUCCAGUCACAAUACCGCUCCCAUGUCGUUAUAGUGCCAUGUCAAUGCAGUUGUCUUUUUUAAUCUAACUGUUAUCGUCCUCUGCAGAGGCUGACAUGUCAAGCAGCAAGUUGGUCAUAUUGUACCAGAGUACUGUAAAGUACUUUUGACCUCAUGGCUGAACAGUUCAAAGACAUUUGUCUAUUUUAAUUAUUUAACACCAUGUCAGUUUUUUUUUAUCAUUUGUAAUGACAGUCGGAAAAAUUAUUUAAAAGGGCACAGCAAUGACUUGAUAGCCCAACGGUAAUGGUGUGGUUACAUUGUGCAGGAGUAAUAAUACUGUGUAUUGUAAAGGGAUUUCUGAACGAUAGUUUGGACGGUCUGGCUCAUCUUGAGUGCAUGUUCAUUCAGCAAAAGACUACGUGUGAGAUGCCUUGAUAGACAGUCCCACUGAACUUAGUCUAGCAGGCCUGUUGCCCGUCUAACUGCUUAACCCGGCAUAUACACAGAGCAUCAUUGCUUAUAGUGACCCAUCUACUGUCCAUUCCUUGUGCACACUACUUUGCUAUAUUCAGUGCUGGGCUGUUGUGAACGUUAAAUUACUAUCAGCCUUACUGGCAGCACCUGUAGUGUUGCCCUGCCCAUUAGUAUCGUGGGAAAUACAGCCUGCCCUGAACUGUUACCAAUGGUCUUCCUUCACACUUCUGAAGGGACAGGUUUUCAUUCAACAUUACAUAAGCACCAUUUUUGCUUGUAUUGUGUCCAUUAACUCAAACACUCAAAUCCUGACAGUUACAUUUGACUCAGAUUAAGACUGGCAUUUAUUUUUAUAGUUGCAUCAUUUCACCAAGACAUGAAUUGAAUGGCAACAUAUGACUUGUGUACAUGUAUGCAGAAAAUGUGUUUUAAUAAAAAGGGCCAUUUAAAUGAG